AUGGACGAUACACCGACCGAGGACAGACGUCUUCUCUUCCUCCAGGAGCAUGUUCUGAGGGCCCUUAUCCUCAAACCGGAGAGCUGGAGCAAGUGCGUGUCUGGGGAGGAAACAAGGCAGCUAGUGCAGGACUUUGUGGACAAGUCCGAGCCGAAGACCCUAGUAGUGACUGUGACUGCAGCCGGAGCGCUGCAGCCAGCGAACAGCAUCAUGUCUUCGUCAAAAAACAAAGUGGUCUACUUCGUGAAACGGAACCAGACUGCGCUGAGAGCAGAAAGCAUGAAGGAUAGUAUGUUAUACGGGGAGUUGUCCUACGCUCCGCUGCAGCAUUUCUGUGGGCUGGUGGAGGAGGUGGUUGUCCCACUGCUCUCCAACAGCAGAAACCACACUGCCUGGCCUCAGGUGGUGUCCCAGGACAUCAGGCACCACCUGCACACCCUCCAGAGCAAUGUGUUUGUGGUGUGCGGCUGUGUCCAAGGCAGGACACUUCUGCCCUUUCCAGGUGAGGCAAAGAAGCUAGAGCAUGCUGCCCCAGAGAAAUACAACAGAUUUUAUAUUAACAGUGUGGAGACAGUGGAUAAGUGCCUAAUCCACUCCGUGGAGUCGGUGCUCAUAGACUGGAUCCAUGAACUGCAUGGAGUGCUCAGCAGAGAUCCUUCAGAAGAACUACUCCGUGGCACUCACCCCACACCCCAAACUGAGCUGUUCUUCUGGGGCAACAGACUUGCUGACCUGGAGUGUAUCUACUCUCAGCUCACAUCACUCAGGGCUCAGAAAAUGGCUACCCUGCUGGUGGCUGUGGAGAGUAGUUAUGCACACUCAUUCAACAGCCUGCUCCGGGAUGUCCUGCAAGCCUUGGAGGAGGCACGGGACAUCUGUGCACAUUUGAAGCCCCUGCAGUGCCUGUUUGAGAAAGUGGAAGCUGCACAGUUUCCAGAGAUCAGGAUUCACAUUGCUCCACUCAUGCACACUGUCUGUCUGCUCUGGGCCCACUCCCACUUCUACUGCCGCCCUGCCCGAAUCGUUGUUCUGCUGCAAGAGAUUUGCAACCUGCUGCUCCAACAGGCCCAUGCAUAUUUAGUCCCACAAGAGCUGUGGCGAGGGGAGGGGCAGAGCCUGGUCAAGCUGCAGACCACCUUGGAUCUCCUGCAGCUGUUCAGGAACACAUAUAAUGAGUGCAAGUCCAAUCUGAGCCAGUACCAGAAGAAUGGGCACAGGGCUCCACCCUGGGACUUCCCCCCUCACCUGGUCUUCAUCCAAUUGGACCUGUUCAUGCAGCGACUGAACACUGUCAAGGAAGUGGUGGUGACUGCAAUGAACCUGUUGAAACUGGAGAAGCUUGAGAUUGGAGGCGUGAAAGGUCGCAUCCUGAGCCAGCACGUGCAGAUAUUGCACCAGAACUUUGUGGAAUUGUACAAGAACUUCACAGAGAAGUCGUGCGCGUGUUUGGACCUCAAUAAUACGGAGUUUGAUGCUGAUGUGCGACGAUUCAAACUCCUGGUGGAGGACACAGAUAGGCGUCUUGGAGCCAUCUUCUGCCAGGCCUUUGACAGUGCCCCUGCACUGGAGCAUGCCUUUAAGGUGCUGGACAUGUUUGGGAGCUUGCUUGACCACCCUCUGGUGGCUGCAGAUGCUGUGGACAGAUACCCCACACUAGUGUCCAUGUUCGACCAAGAACUGGACAGAAUUAGGUUCAUAUACUUAAAGUGCUUACAGGCUGCUAACCAGCUUGCUUGGUGUCCAAUGAACAAGAACAUGCCACCAGUGGCUGGAGGGCUCAGGUGGGUCCAGGAGCUGAGAAGAAGAAUACAGGCGCCGUUCUCCAUUUUCAGAAAGCUCUCCUACCCGUGUCUGGAAAAUGUGGCAGGAACCCGAGUCAUCCAGAAGUAUGAGGACAUGAUGCAGCUGUUGGACAGGUAUGCAGGCAGCUUGUAUGACUCCUGGGCACAGACUGUGGCAGAGAGCUUGGAGUACAACCUGAGUUUGCCUCUCCUCCAACGGGACUCCUCCAGCUGUCUUCUGUCUGUCAAUUUCAACCCACAGCUGGUCUCUGUCCUGCGUGAGGUGAAGUACUUAGAGUGUGAGCAGACCGAGGUCAUCCCUGAGGCUGCUUUACACCUCCACUCCAGCAGGGGGCAGCUGUGGAAGUAUCUGUCCAACCUAGAGGUUACCACCGACCACUACAACAAGGUAUUGUGCUCAGUGCUGGACGUGGAGCUGCCCCUGAUCCAAGCCCAGCUCCAAGCCCUGGACUUUGAGCUCAGCAAGGCCGAGGAGAGCCUGCACUGGAACUCUGAAGAUGUCUGGCCAUAUAUCCAAGCUGUUCGAGACGGUGUCUGUGACCUGGAGUCCCGGCUGCAGAGGAGCAAAGAAAACAUAGAGGAGAUACAACGUAUUACCCGUGUGUGGGCCACCCCAGUGUUUGAGCGCAGAGAUGGGAGGAGAGACACCCUGCUGGGGCUGGAAGAGCAGGCGGAGAGGAUGGAACGCUUCUACGACAUCGUCUGCUCCUCUGGAGUCAAAAUACACUUCCUCCUCAAGAGCAACUUGCAACUCCUGGGAGCAGACGAGUCUUCUGAGGAGUGGAAAGACUAUGUGGAGUACAUUGACAACAUGAUAAUCGACGGGUUCUUUAACAGUAUCCAGGCUUCACUUCAGUACCUCCUGGACAACACAGACAAGAACGCUGCGGCCCCUCUGUUGGAGGUCCACCUGAAUCUGAAAGUUCCUGACCUGGUCUUCAGUCCAUCUAUGGACUAUGGGGCAGCAGAUGGCCUUCUAGAGAGGGUGGAGGGUCUCAUCACUGACAUAUUCAGAAUGUCCUCUUUGGUCCCCCGUGUAGCCCAGCACUGCUCGGUCCCUCAUUACCAGGCUGAUAUGGAGGACAUGGCUGACCUGCUGGACAUGCAUACACAGCUGAUGGGCCACGUGCAGAGUGCGGCAGCAGCAUGCUGUGACUACAGGAGCUCUUUGGAGCCCUUCAGCUACCUGUACACGGAGGACCGCAGGGAGUUCAUGAGGCAGUUCCUACUUUAUGGACAUGUGCUGACCAGCCACGAGAUGGAGAUGUAUGCAGACUCCACUGUCCCAGAGAGCCCGCCCAAUCUGGACAACUUCAGGGAGCAGGUGGACAGGUAUGAAAAGAUUUAUGAGGAAAUCCAGGGUCUGCAGCCUAUUCACGUGUUUCAUGGGUGGCUGAGAGUAGAUGCUCACCCAAUGAAAACUGCACUGCUCAACAUAGUGAAGAAGUGGAGCUUCAUGUUCAAGCAGCACCUCAUGAGCCAUGUGAUCAACAGCCUGUCUGAGCUGAAGCAGUUCAUCAGUGACACAGAGCAGGGCCUGGUGCAGCGUGUGGAUAAGGGAGACUAUGAUGGCUUAGUUGAGGUCAUGUCUCACCUGCUGGCUGUCAAGGACCGACAGGGAUCCACGGAUGCCAUGUUUGAGCCAAUCCAGCAAACCAUCACACUUCUCCAAGGCUACAACCAGGAGUUCCCUGACGUGGUCUACAAAGAGCUGGAGGAACUGCCAGAGAAGUGGAACAAUCUGAAGAAACAGACUGCACUAAUCAAACAGCAGGUAGCGCCGCUGCAGGCAAUCCAAGUGGCAAGUCUUCGGCGGCAGUGCACUUCCUUUGACGUAAAGCAGCACAUAUUCAGAGAACAUUUCCGCCAUGAUGGGCCCUUCAGGUUUGACUGUCCAACUCCCUACCAGCUGCUGGACUCCAUCCACCAGCAGAUCCAGGAGCAUGAGGCAGUCAUGGGCUCCCUAGUGCAAUCUGCCGGCCUGUUUGAACUCAGUGUCCCUGACUACAGACAGCUUUUUCAGUGCAGGCGUGAAGCUGUCCUCCUCAAAGAACUGUGGGACAUGAUUAGUGUGGUGGACUCCAGCAUAGCAGCAUGGAAGACCAGCCCUUGGAGAGACAUCCAGGUGGAGGACAUGGAGUUGGAGUGCAAGCGCUUCUCCAAAGACAUCCGUGGCCUGGACAAAGAGGUGCGUUGCUGGGAUGCCUUUACUUAUUUGGAUAGUGAAGUGAAGAACCUGCUCACCUCUCUACGAGCUGUGGCCGAGUUGCAGAAUCCUGCCAUCCGCCCACGACACUGGCACCAGCUCAUCCAAGUCACUGGGGUGCACUUCACCAUGGACCAGGACAGGUGCCUGGCUGACCUGCUGCAGCUAAACCUGCACUGCUUUGAGGAUGAAGUGAGGGCCAUUGUGGACAGAGCCGUCAAAGAGAUGUCUAUGGAGAAGGUCCUGACUGAGCUGGACUCCACCUGGACAGGCAUGCAAUUCCAUUACGAGCCCCACCCCAGGACCCAAGUGCUUUUGCUGCGGAGUGAUGAAGAACUGAUGGAGACCCUGGAGGACAAUCAGGUGCAGCUGCAGAACCUGCUGAGUUCCAAACACAUCACACACUUCCUAGACCAAGUUUCUUCAUGGCAGAGUCGGCUGUCUGUGGCCGACUCAGUCAUCUCCAUCUGGUUGGAGGUUCAGCGAACAUGGAGCCACCUGGAGAGCAUCUUUGUGGGCUCAGAGGACAUCCGUGCCCAGCUGCCAGAGGACUCAAGGCGAUUCGAGGGGAUUGAUGUUGAUUUCAAAGAACUGGCAAAUGCCAUGCAUCAAACUUCCAAUGUAGUGGAGGCCACCAAUGAAGCGGGUCUAUUUGGCAAACUGGAGGACAUCCAGAGAAGGCUGGCCCUCUGUGAGAAGGCUCUGGCAGAGUACCUGGACACUAAGCGCUUGGCCUUCCCCAGGUUUUAUUUCAUCUCCUCGACUGAUCUGCUGGACAUCCUGUCCAAUGGGACCAACCCACAGCAGGUCCAGAAGCAUCUGUCCAAGCUCUUUGACAACAUAGCCAAGAUGGAGUUUGAAGUGGACAAGCAGGGCAACCCCUCAAAGACAGCGCUGGGCAUGUUAAGCAAAGAGGGCGAAUACGUCGCCUUUAACCAGACCUGUGACUGCAGUGGACAGGUGGAAGUUUGGCUAAACACUGUGUUGGACACCAUGCGAUUCACUGUGCAGUACCAGAUGUCAGAGGCAGUGAUGGCCUAUGAGGACAAACCCAGGGAACAGUGGCUGUUUGACUACCCUGCCCAGGUGGCGCUGGUAGGCACUCAGAUCUGGUGGGCUUUGGACGUGGGCAUCGCGUUUGCACGUCUGGAGGUAGGCUACGACAGUGCCCUGAAGGAAUAUCACAAGAAGCAGGUGACCCAACUCAACACGCUCAUCUCUCUGCUCAUCGGAAAGCUCUCCCCUGGGGACCGGCAGAAGGUCAUGACCAUCUGCACCAUCGACGUUCAUGCCAGAGAUGUGGUCACCAAGAUAGUGGCUCAGAAGGUGGAGAACUCCCAGGCAUUUGUAUGGCUCUCCCAGCUCCGGCACCGCUGGAACGACACAGAGAAACACUGUUUCGCCAACAUCUGCGAUGCACAGUUCCUCUACUGCUAUGAAUACCUGGGCAAUACGCCACGCUUAGUCAUCACUCCACUCACAGACAGGUGCUACAUCACACUGACCCAGUCUCUCCACUUGACCAUGAGUGGGGCCGUAGCCGGUCCAGCUGGCACCGGCAAAACCGAGACCACCAAAGACCUGGGCCGGGCACUGGGCAUCAUGGUGUACGUGUUCAACUGCUCUGAGCAAAUGGACUACAAGUCAUGUGGGAACAUCUACAAAGGACUGGCACAGACUGGAGCGUGGGGCUGCUUUGAUGAAUUCAACCGGAUCUCAGUGGAAGUGCUCUCUGUUGUGGCCGUUCAGGUGAAGAGUAUCCAGGAUGCCAUUCGAGAUAAGAAGGCCCGCUUUAACUUCAUGGGGGAAGAGAUGAGCUUGUGCUCCUCGGUGGGGAUUUUCAUCACUAUGAACCCAGGGUACGCCGGGAGGACGGAGCUGCCCGAGAACCUCAAAGCCCUUUUCAGACCCUGUGCCAUGGUGGUGCCAGACUUUGAGCUCAUCUGUGAGAUCAUGCUGGUGGCCGAGGGCUUCCUGAGAGCCCAAGUGCUCGCCCGCAGAUUUAUUGCCCUGUACUCCCUGUGCAAGGAACUGCUGUCCAAACAGGAUCACUAUGACUGGGGCUUGAGAGCGAUCAAGUCCGUUCUAGUAGUAGCUGGCUCUCUGAAGAGGGGCGACACACAGCGAGCAGAGGACCAGGUGCUCAUGAGGGCACUCAGAGACUUCAACAUCCCGAAGAUCGUGACUGACGACAUGCCCGUCUUUAUGGGUCUCAUCAGGGACCUGUUCCCUGCUCUUGAUGUCCCUCGAAAGAGGGACAUGGACUUUGAGAAACAUGUGAGACAAUCCAUCCUGAAUCUGAAGCUACAAGCUGAAGACAACUUUGUCCUCAAGGUGGUUCAGCUGGAGGAGCUUCUGGCUGUCCGUCACUCAGUGUUUGUCAUCGGAAAUGCAGGCACAGGCAAGAGCCAAGUACUGCGCGCUCUGCAGAGAACUUACCAGAACACAAAGCGCAGACCGGUGUGGGCCGACCUUAACCCCAAAGCGGUCACGAACGAUGAGCUCUUCGGUAUCAUCAACUCUGCUACCCGGGAGUGGAAGGAUGGUCUGUUCUCCAGCAUCAUGCGAGACCUGGCCAACAUCAGCCACAGCGGGCCCAAGUGGAUGGUUCUGGAUGGAGACAUUGACCCCAUGUGGAUCGAGUCCCUCAACACGGUCAUGGAUGACAACAAGGUGCUGACACUGGCCAGUAACGAGCGCAUCCCCCUCAACCCCUCCAUGAGACUGCUGUUUGAGAUCAGCCACCUGCGGACAGCCACCCCUGCUACUGUUUCCAGAGCAGGUAUCUUAUACAUAAACCCUGCAGACCUGGGCUGGAACCCUCCGGUGGCCAGCUGGAUUGAGAAGAGGGAAAUCCAGUCAGAGAAGGCCAAUCUGACCAUUCUCUUUGAGAACUACCUCCCUCCAUGUCUGGAAGCGCUGCGGACGAGAUUUAAGAGGAUGAUCCCAAUCCCGGAGCAAAGCCAGGUGCAGAUGCUGUGUUACCUGCUGGAGUGCUUACUGACCCCAGAGCACACCCCUCCAGACAGCCCCAAAGAGCACUAUGAGCUGUACUUUGUGUUUGCCGCGGUCUGGGCUUUUGGAGGGGCUCUGCUCCACGACCAGCUGGUCAACUACAGAUUGGAGUUCAGCCAGUGGUGGGUGGUGCAGUUCAAAAACAUCAAGUUCCCUCCGCACGGCACUGUCUUUGAUUACUACAUCCACCCUGAGAGCAACAAGUUUGAACCCUGGUCCAAGAUGGUGCCCAAGUUUGAAAUGGACCCAGAGAUGCCACUGCAGGCCUGUCUGGUCCACACAACAGAGACCAUCCGUGUGCGCUUUUUCCUGGACAGACUGAUGGAGCACAGGAGACCAGUGAUGUUAGUGGGGAAUGCUGGCACUGGGAAGUCCGUUCUGGUGGGAGACAAGCUGGCCUCUCUGGACACAGACAAAUACAUGAUCAAAAAUGUCCCUUUCAACUACUACACCACCUCCUCCAUGUUGCAAGCGGUGCUGGAGAAGCCUCUAGAGAAGAAGGCUGGGCGUAACUUUGGCCCACCUGGGAGCAGAAGGCUGGUGUACUUCAUAGAUGACCUGAACAUGCCUGAGGUGGAUACCUAUGGAACUGUGCAGCCCCAUACUCUUCUGCGCCAGCACCUGGACUACAACCACUGGUAUGACCGGAACAAACUGGUGUUGAAGGAAAUCCACAACGUGCAGUAUGUGACCUGUAUGAACCCCACAGCCGGCAGCUUUACCAUCAACCCUCGCCUCCAGCGGCACUUUUGCGUCUUUGCCCUGUCUUUUCCUGGAGCUGAGGCCCUUAGCUCCAUCUACACGUCCAUCCUGGUCCAGCACUUGAAGGCCUCCAGCUUCAGCAGCCUCCUGCCCAAGAGCUGCCCCACUAUGGUGCAACUAGCCUUGGAACUCCACCACCGUGUUACCUCCACCUUCCUCCCCACUGCCCUCAAGUUCCACUAUGUCUUCAACCUGCGCGACCUCUCCAACAUUUUCCAGGGCAUGUUGUUCUGUACUCCCGAGUGUCUGAAAACCUCCGCAGACCUACUCAGGGUAUACCUCCAUGAAUCCAGCCGCGUCUACCGAGACAAGCUAGUGGACAAAACGGACUUCCAGACCUUUGACAUGCUCCAGGCCGAGGUUGCCCGGAAAAUCUAUGAGGAUGCCCUGCCUGCACUGGACAUGAACCUGUACUGGCACUUCGCCCACGGCCUAGGGGAGCCUGUGUACAUGCCUGUGGAGUCAUGGGGCAGUCUGAGUACCACCCUUUUGGAGGCACUGGACGGGUACAACGAGGUGAACGCUACUCUCAGCCUGGUGCUGUUUGAGGACGCCAUGGCACACAUCUGCCGCAUCAGCCGCAUCCUGGAGAGCCCCCGGGGAAGCGCCCUGCUGGUGGGAGUGGGCGGCAGCGGUAAGCAAAGCCUCACCCGGCUGGCAGCGUUCGUCUCGGGCUUGGAGAUAUUCCAGAUCACCCUGAAGAAAGGCUACGACGUCAGCGACCUCAAGAGUGACCUGGCUUCCCUCUACAUGAAAGCUGGACUGAAGAACAUGGGUACAGUGUUCCUGAUGACCGAUUCUCAGGUUGCAGAUGAUAAGUUCCUCGUCCUGGUCAAUGAUCUGCUGGCCUCAGGGGAGAUCCCAGACCUGUUUGCAGAUGAUGAGCUGGAGAACAUCUUGUCUACAGUGAGGCCGGAGGUGCGCAGCUCUGGGGCCCUGGACUCCAGAGAAAACUGCUGGAGGUUUUUCAUAGAGAAGGUCCGGAGACAGCUCAAGGUGGUGCUGUGUUUCUCCCCUGUGGGCAGUAAGCUCCGUGUGCGUGGUCGAAAAUUCCCUGCUGUGGUCAACUGCACAGCCAUUGACUGGUUCCACGAGUGGCCGCAAGAAGCCCUGGAGUCGGUCAGCCUGAGGUUCCUACAGGAUCUAGACAGCAUUCAGCCCACAGUGAAGGAGUCGUUGAGCAAAUUCAUGGCAUUCGUUCAUAUCAGUGUCAACCACACGUCCAAACAGUACCUGGCCAGCGAGAGGCGCUACAACUAUACCACGCCCAAGUCCUUCCUGGAGCAGAUUAAGCUAUACCGGAGCCUGCUGGAACAAAAGAGCUGCGAGCUGAGUGCCAAGAUGGAACGCCUGGAGAAUGGGCUGCAGAAGCUCAACUCCACCUCGGCACAGGUGGAUGACCUCAAGGCCAAACUGGCUGCUCAGGAAGUGGAACUGAAGCAAAAGAAUGUGGAUGCUGACAGGCUGAUUCAGGAGGUUGCCGUGGAGACGGAGAAAGUGUCCAAGGAGAAGGCUGUGGCGGAUACAGAGGAGCAGAAGGUGUCUGCCAUCGCUGUGGUGGUCAGUGGGAAGCAGAGGGACUGUGAGGAGGACCUAACCAAGGCUGAGCCUGCACUGAUAGCUGCUCAGGACGCACUAAACACGCUCAAUAAGAACAACCUGACCGAGUUGAAGUCUUUUGGCGCCCCCGUGUCAGCGGUCACUAACGUCACCGCCGCCGUGAUGGUUCUAACUGCUCCCAACGGGAAAGUGCCUAAAGAUCGCAGCUGGAAGGCUGCCAAAAUCAUGAUGGCCAAAGUAGAUGCAUUUCUGGACUCUCUCAUCAACUUCAACAAGGAGAACAUCCACGAGACCUGCCUGAAAGCCAUCCAGCCAUACCUUCAGGACAAAGAGUUCCAGCCUGACCUGGUGGCCACCAAGUCCCAGGCUGCUGCUGGCCUGUGCUCCUGGGUGCUGAACAUAGUCACAUUCUACCAGGUGUACUGUAAGGUGGAGCCCAAACGCCAGGCUCUGAGCAAGGCCAACGUUGAGCUGGCUGCUGCCCAGGACAAGCUCUCUGCCAUCAAGAGCAAGAUCACUGUCCUGAAUGAAAACCUGGCCAAGCUCACCGCCAAGUUUGAGCAGGCCACAGCAGACAAGCUCAAAUGCCAACAGGAGGCAGAGGCAACCGCCCGUACCAUCUCACUGGCCAACCGCCUGGUGGGGGGCUUGGCUUCAGAGAAUGUGCGCUGGUCCAAGGCUGUGCAGAGCUUUAAGCAGCAGGAGAGCAGUCUGUGUGGAGAUGUCCUCCUAAUCACAGCCUUUGUGUCCUACCUGGGCUACUUCACCAGGAUCUACAGGCAUAAGCUGAUGGAGCAGACCUGGCGACCCUUCUUCUCUCAACUGGAGGUACCCAUCCCUGUGACCCCUGAAUUGGACCCUUUGACCAUGCUGACAGACGAUGCUGAUGUAGCAGCCUGGCAAAACCAGGGUUUGCCAGCCGACUGCAUGUCCACGGAGAAUGCCGCCAUCCUGAGCUCGUGCCAGCGCUGGCCCCUCAUGGUGGACCCCCAACUGCGGGGCAUCAAAUGGGUCAAGAACAGAUACAGAGAUAGCCUAAGAGUCAUCCGCAUUGGACAGAGGGGAUACUUGGAUGCCAUUGAGCAAGCACUGGCAGCGGGAGAUGUAGUCCUGAUUGAGAACAUAGAGGAGACUCUGGAUCCAGUCCUGGGACCACUGUUAGGCCGAGAGACCAUCAAGAAGAGCAGGUGCAUAAAGAUUGGAGACAAGGAAUGUGAGUUUAAUCCAUGUUUCCGGCUCAUUCUGCACACUAAACUGGCCAACCCUCACUACCAGCCUGAGCUCCAGGCUCAGUGCACCCUCAUCAACUUCACCGUGACCAGGGAUGGGCUGGAGGAACAGCUGCUGGCCGCUGUGGUGAGCAUGGAGCGGCCUGACCUCGAGCAGCUCAAGUCUGAGCUGACGAUGGAACAGAACGGAUUUAAAAUCACUCUGAAGACUCUGGAGGACAACCUACUAUCCCGCCUGUCCUCUGCCUCGGGGAACUUCCUGGGCGACACAGAGCUGGUGGAGAACCUGGAGACCACCAAGUGCACUGCAGCCGACAUACAGGAGAAGGUAAAGGAAGCCAAGGUGACAGAGGCCAAAAUCAAUGAGGCUCGAGAGCACUACCGGCCUGCUGCAGCCCGUGCUUCCUUAUUGUACUUCAUAAUGAACGACCUCAAUAAAAUUCACCCCAUGUACCAGUUCUCUCUCAAGGCUUUCAGUGUGGUCUUCCAAAAUGCUGUGGAGAGAGCUGCCCCUGACGAGACCCUGACUCAACGAGUGUCCAACAUGAUCCAGAGCAUCACGUGGUCUAUGUUCCAGUAUACCACCAGGGGGCUCUUUGAAUGCGACAAGCUCACCUACACAGCUCAGCUCACCUUCCAGAUACUGCUGAUGAACAAAGAAAUCAGCCCUGUGGAACUGGACUUCCUACUGCGAUACCCAGUGCAGCCGGGUGUGAGCUCGCCAGUGGAUUUCCUGUCCCACCACUCAUGGGGCGGCAUCAAGGCUCUGUGUGCCAUGGAGGAGUUCAGGAAUCUGGACCGGGACAUAGAAGGCUCGGCUAAGCGCUGGAGGAAGUUUGUGGAAUCGGAAAGUCCGGAGAAGGAGAAGUUUCCUGAAGAGUGGAAAAACAAGACAGCGCUGCAGAGGCUGUGUAUGAUGAGAGCACUGAGGCCGGACCGCCUGACCUAUGCUGUCAGGGACUUUGUGGAGCAGAAGCUGGGCGGUCAGUAUGUGAGUGGACACUUUCUGGACUUUUCUGUGUCCUUUGAGGAAUCUGGACCAGCCAUGCCCAUGUUCUUCAUCCUGUCUCCUGGAGUGGACCCUCUAAAGGACGUGGAGAAGCACGGAAAGAAACUGGGAUUCACAUUUGACAACAAGAACUUCCACAACGUGUCUCUGGGCCAGGGGCAGGAGGUGGUCGCAGAACAGGCCCUGGCCUUAGCUGCCAAGGAGGGCCACUGGGUCAUUCUGCAGAAUAUCCAUCUGGUAGCGCGCUGGCUGGGCACACUGGAGAAACUCCUGGAGCAGCAGGCAGAGGGCAGUCAUGAGCACUGCAGGGUGUUUGUGAGCGCUGAGCCCUCCUCCACACCGGAGGGCCACAUCAUCCCACAGGGCAUCCUAGAAAACUGCAUCAAGAUCACCAAUGAGCCACCCAUGGGCAUGCAUGCCAACCUGCGCAAGGCUCUGGACAACUUCAGCCAGGACACGUUGGAGAUAUGUUCCCAGGAGAACGAGUUCAAAAGCAUCCUGUUUUCUCUGUGUUACUUCCACGCCGUAGUGUCCCAGCGAAGCAAGUUUGGUCCCCAAGGCUGGAACAGAACUUACCCCUUCAACAUCGGAGACCUUACCAUCUCCAUCAGCGUGCUCUACAACUACCUGGAGGCCAGUCCGAAGGUGCCAUACGACGACCUGCGCUACCUGUUUGGGGAGAUCAUGUACGGGGGCCAUAUUACAGACGACUGGGACCGGCGCCUGUGCAGAGCCUACCUGGAGGAAUACAUACGACCUGAGAUGAUGGAGGGGGAGCACCAACUGGCCCCAGGGUUUCCACUGCCUGGCAACAUGGACUAUAGCGGCUACCACCAGUACAUAGAUGAGGCACUACCCCCUGAGUCCCCUCAUCUGUACGGCCUGCAUCCCAACGCAGAGAUUGGCUUCCUGACCCAGAGCUCGAACAAACUGUUUCGGACCAUCUUGGAGCUGCAGCCACGGGAUGGGGGUGGGACCGAGGGGGGCGGGGCCACAAGGGAGGACAAGGUGGGCGCAGUGCUAGAGGAGCUCUUGGAGAAGCUGCCAGAGGAGUUCAACAUGGCCGAGCUGCUGAGUAAAGCCGAGGAACGAACACCCUACCAGGUGGUUGCACUACAGGAGUGUGAGCGCAUGAACCUGCUCACACAAGAGAUGAAGCGGUCUCUGCGGGAGCUCAGCCUGGGACUAAAGGGGGAGCUGACCAUGAGUGGUGAGAUGGAGAGCCUUCAGUCAUCCCUGUUCUUGGAUGUGGUUCCAGAGUGCUGGGUGAAGAAGGCAUACCCCUCCAUUUGUGGACUCACCCUCUGGUUCACUGACCUGCUGCUCCGGGUCAGGGAGCUGGAGACCUGGGCAACAGACCUCAGUCUACCCCCGACCGUCUGGCUCUCUGGAUUCUUCAACCCCCAGUCCUUCCUCACUGCCAUCAUGCAGGCCUCAGCACGCAAGAAUGCCUGGCCCCUGGACAGCAUGUGUCUGCAGUGUGAUGUGACAAAGAAGAGCCGUGAGGACCUGAGCUCGGCCCCUAGGGACGGGGCCUAUAUACACGGGCUCUACAUGGAAGGCGCACGCUGGGACAUUCAGAGUGGCCUGAUAGUGGAUUCCCGGCUGAAGGAGCUGACCCCCUCCAUGCCACUCCUCUUCAUCCGGGCCGUGCUUCUGGACAAGCAGGACCAGUGCAGCCUCCUCUACCCCUGUCCCUUGUACAAGACCCGGCACAGAGGGCCCACCUAUGUCUGGACCUUCCACCUGCGCACCAAGGACAAGCCCUCCAAAUGGACUCUGGCUGGGGUCGCCCUUCUCCUGCAAAUAUGA